CCCCCGGAGCCAGCCUGGCGUUCACGUGCCCAACAGCUGCGGUUUCCACCGGGGAGCUCUGCCGCCAUUGGCUGGACGCAAAAGUUCGAGGCGCGCCCAUUGGCUGCGGCGCGGCUGUUCGCCCAGCAGGAGAGUUUGCGAUGGACCGAGCAUUCUUAAGAAGUUAGCGACAGCGGCGUGCAGACGCGCCGGGGAGGGAGCUGAGCGAGCCUGGAGAGUUGGGGGUCGGGCUAGAGCAGCGUGGAUCAGGGAACCCGCACGGCUGAGCCCGGCCCGCACGCGGAAAUCAGAAAUUUGGGAGGCCGUGGAAAGCAGUGGGGGAUCUAGGCACCCAGAUGGUGACUCCUGGUAACAACUGCAGGAUGGGAGGUCCUGGUGCAUUUCUGGUCUUGCUAGAAAUACCUUGAAACGUCUCUCCAGUUAACCCACCUUGUCCUUAUGAGAAUAUUGGACCGCACUUCUUACAAGCCCACAAUGGCGGUGGAUGUUGCAAUGCAGUUGUACCUGCGCUCGCCCUCUUUCCGAAGGGACAGCUUUGCUUACAAAAUUGCUCCAAAGUCCAAGAAGCCUUUGCGGCCCUGCAUCCAUUUAAACAACAGAAUGGAAUUAAAUGACCUGGGAGCCGAAGUAAAAAAUCUACAGAGCGCCAAAGUGAAAAAGCGGGUGUCCUUCGCAGACAGCAGGGGCUUGGCCCUGACAAUGGUGAAAGUGUUCUCUGAGUUUGACGACCCGCUGGAUAUUCCAUUUAACAUCACGGAAUUAAUAGACAACAUUGUGGGCCUGACAACGGCGGACAGGGACGAUUUUGUCUUGGAUUUUGUACAGCCUUCUGCUGACUAUUUGGACUUCCGCAAUCGCCUCCAGGCGGACUAUGUCUGCCUUGAGAACUGUGUGUUGAAAGAUAAAACUAUCUCUGGCACGGUGAAAGUCAGGAAUCUUGCAUUUGAAAAGACCGUGAAGAUCCGGAUGACAUUCGACACCUGGAAAACCUUCACAGACUACCCAUGCCAGUAUGUCAAAGACACGUAUGCGGGUUCAGAUAAGGACACCUUCUCUUUUGAGAUCACCUUGCCAGAGAAAGUUCCCCCCCACGAAAGGAUGGAGUUGGCGGUGUGUUACGAAAGCGAAGGCAAAACGUACUGGGACAGCAACAAAGGCCUGAAUUACAGGAUCGUGCGGUCUGAGCUCAAAUCCGCCCGGGAGAUUUCCCAGCCUCAGGGAGAAUCUGGUUUUGGGAUUGCCUUUGACCAGUUUGGAAGCCCUAGGUGUUCCUAUGGUUUAUUUCCCGAGUGGCCAAGUUAUUCAGGAUAUGAAAAACGCGGGCCUUAUUACUGAACAAAGGACAUGGUCUGUGUAUGAGAUUGUUUUAAGAGGAAAAAAAUGCAGCAUUUGCUGCGAUGUGAUGGUCGCCAAAGGUGUGUGUUUGUAGAGUUGCAGAAAGUGAAACAAAAGGGACUUGCAAAAUGCCUGACUGCAAAUAGGUUGUUGUUGCAUUGAACAGCUAGAAGAAAGGGGAGAGGUCAUUCAUGUUUCAGAACACGGCUGCUUGCCUCCCAGUUCAGUCCAACAUUCAUGGCUUCGGUUCAGGCACUGUUUUUGCUUGUUUGUUGGCGCAAGGUUCAUUGCAAUAUUGCAAACUGAUCUUAGACUCCCCCCCACUUUGCAUUAUGGAGACAAAUCUGGCUGUUCCUGAUGAGAAAUCAUAGAGGUGGCGGCCUGUGGGUUGGAAGAUGGGAGCAGAGUCCCCUAACUGGGUUUCCAGCCCAUGGGAGACCAAGACUUUUGUGUGUGUGUGUGCAAAAUAGAAGAGACUGUAAAAUUGCUGUUAUAAAUAGAACAAUGGUUGUGUUUCCUUCCAUAUUAGGAAAUGCUUUCAUUUCUGGGGAAGAUACCAGGGUGCUUACUGUUCUGCCUGCAGUUCUGUCUUCAAGAAAAGAACGAAAUGUAUUCCUUGAAAUAGCAGCAGUGGAGGCAGUUUUCUGUAUGACAGUGACAUAUUUGUGUUGCUUCAGAGCAAGUGUAUGUUAGCAUAUGAUUGGGGCUCCUGUUUUAUUUUUGAGCCUGAAAAGAAACCUGUUUAGCUUUAAUUUGCCUUGACAAAUCUCAUUUUAUUGGAGUGGAAGGUGGUCAAGAAUUUUUUUUUGUAAAAACGCUAUUUAAAUAUACUCCCUCCCUUACCAGGUGGCCUGAUAGAUGCCGUAGUUUGGUUAGAGAUAUUGAUUCCUCCCCCCAUUUUACUACCAUUUUAAUUAAUGUUUAUACAGUGGUUGCAGAUUGGAACCAUGUUACUGACAGAAUAUUGAAUAAAAGUUAUUGGUUGUAAAUAAA